UCUCUCUCCUAUCCUCCUCCCCCGGCCCCCUUCCUCAAAACCAAAACCUCCAAAUCUCGAAUUACCUCUAAGACCUCCAUCCCUACUAUAUCAUACCUGGAAUAUCUAUUAGAUCAGCAUGGCUACAACAAAGAAAAAGAUCGCCGUUAUGACCUCCGGCGGUGACUCGCCAGGCAUGAACGCCGUGGUUCGAGCCGUCGUACGAAUGUCUAUUCACAUGGGAUGCGACCCUUACUGCGUCUACGAAGGCUACGAAGGUCUAGUCCAAGGUGGUAAUUUCAUCAGGAAAAUGGGAUGGAACGAUGUUCGAGGAUAUCUUUCCGAAGGUGGCACACUCAUUGGUACCGCUAGGUGUAUGGCCUUCUACGAGCGCCCCGGACGUUUAACCGCCGCCAAGAACCUUAUACUCAAUGGCAUCGACGCCCUCAUUAUCUGCGGCGGUGAUGGCUCCCUUACCGGUGCUGAUAGAUUCCGAGCCGAAUGGCCUUCUCUAAUCGAAGAGCUCGUAUCUACAGGCCAAUUACAACCAAAACAAGUCGAACCUUACAGACAUCUGAACAUUGUAGGACUCGUUGGUUCAAUUGACAACGAUCUUUCCGGAACCGAUGCCACCAUCGGCGCUUAUUCCGCUUUGGCCCGCGUGUGCGAAAUGGUAGAUUAUAUCGAAGCCACCGCCUCAUCACAUUCCCGUGCUUUCGUAAUAGAAGUAAUGGGUAGGCAUUGCGGCUGGCUCGCUUUGAUGGCAGGUGUAGCUACCGGUGCCGACUUCAUCUUUAUCCCAGAGAAACCUAGAGAAGAUAACUGGAAAGAAGAGAUGCAUCAAGUCAUCAGGAAGCACCGAGAUUGGGGCAAGCGCAAAACCAUCGUCAUCAUUGCGGAAGGCGCUCGUGAUAGGCACGGUAACAAGAUUACGCCUGAGAUGGUGAAAGAUCUCCUCGCCGACAAACAAGGUCUGGCCUUAGACACCCGUAUCACAACCCUUGGUCACGUUCAACGAGGAGGUACUGCAGUGGCCUACGACAGGAUGCUCGCCACGCUGCAGGGAGUGGAAGCUGUCAAGGCUGUUCUUGAGGCUACGCCAGAAACCGAGACUUGUGUCAUCGCUAUUACCGAGAACAAGAUCGUUCGAAAGCCUCUAAUGGCAGCCGUACAGGAGACUAAGAAGGUAGCAAAGGCUAUUGAAGCCCAGGACUUCGAUAAAGCAAUGUCACUCCGUGAUACGGAAUUCUCCGACCAAUACAACUCUUACAUGAUGACUACCAACAUAGGACUUGACCAUGAUAUACAUUUAGAUGACUCCAAGAAAAUGAAAAUUGGUUUUAUCAACGUCGGGGCACCGGCGGGCGGUAUGAACGCUGCUAUCCGUGCAGGUGUGGCUUAUUGCCGAUCGCGUGGACAUACGCCUGUUGCAAUUCACAAUGGAUUUGCUGGAUUUGCUCGGCAUCAUGGCGACACGCCGCUAGGAGCUGUCCGGCCAUUUGAUUGGCUUGAAGUGGACGGAUGGGCAAGCAAAGGAGGUUCUGAAAUUGGAACAAACCGAGAGCUUCCGGAAGAAUCUGGUAUGGAGCUAAUUGCGGAGCUAAUCGAGAAGUACGAAUUCGACGCUUUGUUCCUAAUUGGUGGUUUCGAGGCCUUCCAUGCCGUUUCACAGCUUCGAAAAGCUAGAGCGAAGUACCCUUCGCUCUGCAUUCCCAUGACUCUACUGCCGGCGACCAUUUCGAACAAUGUCCCGGGCACAGAAUAUUCCUUAGGUUCCGACACCUGUCUCAACGAACUCGUUGCUUAUUGCGACAAGAUUAAGCAAUCCGCGUCGGCCACCCGAAGGCGAGUCUUCGUUAUUGAAACCCAAGGUGGUAGGUGCGGAUAUACAGCAAUUCUAGGAGGAUUGGGCGUCGGCGCGAGCGCUGUCUACAUUCCGGAAGAGGGCAUCAGUUUGGAUAUGCUGAAUGCAGACGUCAAACAUCUUAAGGACCUUUUUACUAAAGAUAAAGGUCAAUCGCGAGCUGGUCGAUUAAUUCUUGUCAAUGAAAAGGCAAGCAAAGUCUUCACAGCGAAGCUUAUCGCGGAUAUCAUCCGAGAAGAAGCUCACAACCGUUUCGAAUCACGAGACAGCAUUCCCGGCCACGUGCAGCAGGGUGGUGUUCCCUCAGCCAUGGACAGAUGUCGUGCCGUCAGAUUAGCUAUUAAGUGCAUUCAACACCUCGAGAAAUACGGCCCCAAGCCUCAGAAGAACCCGGAAAAGAUCAUGAAGGAUCCCCUAAGCGCGUCCGUUAUCGGUAUCAAGGGCGCCAAUGUAGUUUUCUCGUCCAUGAAGCAAGUAGAAGAGCAUGAGACGGAUUGGAAGAACCGACGUCCGACGGCGGCCCAUUGGCUCGACAACAAAGAGGUUGUUGAUAUCCUCGGCGGGCGCCCGCCGUACCCCUUACCCGAGAAGAGCCUAGUCGGGCUCAUAGCCAAGGACGCGAAGCGCGGGCUUGCUGAGUAGAGAAAGAAAAAAAGAAAACGGAUUGGAGACUAGAGAAUAGUGGUCGGCCGGUUGGGUUGGGAGUUUACAAUAUCGGGACAAUACCUAGGUAGAUAGAUUAGUACGGUUAUGCGAGCAUGAUUAUGAUUUAUUUACCCUUACGAUUUCUCAAAGUAUUUUGGGGGGGGGGGAGUAUCAUAAAGUCGACAUUGCUAUUUUGCGCCAGUCUAACUAAAACGUAUUUUUGAAUGGCGUGGUUAUUGAGACGAAAGCAUUGUAGAAUUUUGAUCCGUUUAAAUUGAAGUCUAUUGAGUAAGGCAUAAUCCGGGGUAGCGGUUCCAUCCGAUUGGAUAAGCGGGUAGAAUUGGAAGUUAUGCGUGGCCGUUCUCAAUG